UUGGUUGAGGGAACAGAUGGGCUUGGUCAGUGUGGGGGUGUUGGUAGUACUGGCUAGACUCAGUGCCCAUAUACCUGGUACACAAGAAUGAGAAGAGGAAAAACAUAUAUAUGUGUAGUGCUAAUCCGGAAAGUACUGUCAAACAUUUAAAAUACUCGUAUUUAAAAAUGACAGAUAUUAAUAAGACCAUCCAGAAAUGGCACGCCAGUUUUAGUAAAGGCACAGAUUUUGAUUCCUGGGGACAGUUAGUGGAGGCAAUUGACGAAUACCACAUACUAGCAAGGCAGCUACAGAAAGAGGUUCAGUCAUCCAAUUCUUCAGAUUUAACAGAAGAUCAAAAGAAAACAUUAGGGAAAGUUGCAACAUGCCUUGAAUUGCGGAGUGCAGCUUUGCAGUCCACCCAGCCCCAAGAAGAGUUCAAGCUGGAAGAUCUGAAAAGACUGGAACCCAUCAUUAAGAAUAUUCUGACUUUUAACAAAGAUUUUCCUUUUGAUGUUCAGCCAGUCCCUAUAAGGAAGAUUUUAGCACCUGGCGAGGAAGAGAAUUUAGAGUUGGAGGAAGAGGAUGAUGGAGGGGCUACGGCAGGAUCACCAGAUUCCUUCCCCCCACGAGUGCCUGGAGCUUUCGAAGGCACUUUGUUACCGCAGUUACCUUCUGAACCAGGAAUGACACUACUUACUAUUAAUAUAGAAAAGAUUGGGCUCAAAGACGCUGGACAAUGCAUUGAUCCCUACAUAAGCGUUAGCAUAAAGGAUUUGAAUGGGAUUGAUUUGAACCCUAUGCAAGACACUCCUGUGGUUUCACGAAAGGAAGAUACGUACAUUCAUUUUAAUGUGAACAUAGAAAUUCAAAAACAUCUUGAAAAACUACCGAAAGGGGCAGCUAUUUUCUUUGAACUGAAACACUACAAACCCAAGAAAAAGUUUACCAGCACAAAAUGUUUUGCAUUUAUGGAAAUGGAUGAGAUCAAACCCGGGCCGAUUGUUAUAGAACUAUACAAGAAGCCAACCGAUUUCAAAAGGAAGAAACUUAAUUUACUGACCAAAAAACCACUCUAUCUCCAUCUUCUCCAGACAUUGCACAAGGAUUAACCUGGACCAAGGUGGUAGUAUAUGUUAAUGAACCAACUCGCACCUCUUAACCACAGCAGCAGUCAUCCAACAACCAUGCUGAAAGACUAACUACUUUUCCAUCCUGUUACCACAGCAAAAGCAAACAAGUGACCUACAGGGCCAAUGAACCAACCACUUUCAUUUCUGAGUGCAUUAUUGUGAUACUUGAGGUGGAUCCUUUCAUACCUCCAUGGCCUGCAACAUGGAAUGGUCCAAAACAAGAUGUAGGAUGUUGAAAAGGCUUUGAACAUACAUGAAACAAUUUUGAAGUUUGAAGAAAAAAAGAAGACAAUGCAGAAAUCACCACAGACACCAGCAUCACUAUAUACAGGGAGCUGUAUAUAACUUUACAGUGACAACACUAUCAAUAAGAUUAUUAUAAGCAUACUGCCCCAGUGGAAGUGGAAUAUUUUGUGAGAAAUAUGUGCUGGGUCAGUGGUGUGCACAAAGGAGAACCACUAAAUCCUGACUCAAACUGAUCCUUCAGCAGUCAUGUAGAAUGGUUCAGAUUUAUAAGAUCGUGAACAGCUUCUGCUAGACUAGACAUAGCAAGUGUACACGUUACCUAAAGUAGGGGUGGAACAUGUGGCUUGCAGGCAAUAUUCUGAAAACCACUGCUUCACUUGGACAUCUGUAAUGCUUAUGAUAGUUCAAAUUACUAAUUUAUUUGCUCUGGGAACAAUAGCCUCUACUAUUGGCUUUUUUAAUGAAAGCAGAAAGCAGAAACUACAUUCUCUUUUGAACACAUGCCAAAUUAGGAUGCCCAGUUCCAUGCUAGCUCAAACUAAUUAGAAUAAUAGCUGUCGCAAUAACACAAAAAAAGUGGCAAUAACAAAACAGUUAUUUAGGAAACAGUUUCUUUGAUAGACAUUCUGAGCUUUAACACACAACUAGACACGCUAUAAUUUGUAUCCCUGUGAGUAGUGGCAGGGCAGGCUGAUAAGGGGCCUGUAGCAGCAAUAUUUUAUGCCCACCAACCCUUCCCCCUCUUACCUCCCCCUCUUCAGUUUUAUUAACAGUGACAGGGUGAUUUUCCACGAUUUUUGCUCCAGAUUUUCUGAAAGUAAUUGUAAAAGUUUAAAAGGUGCAAAUCUAUCAAUGUACAUCGUAGGCAUGGAAGAGAGAAAUAAAAGGAAAAUUAGCUGGAGUUUAUUUGCAGUUGAGCAAAAAAGCUAUGAAAGUUGUCCUGUAAACAUUUUUCUACUUCAUAAUAUCAUUCUGGGUGUGUUCAGAGCAGAACAGCUAAACACUUGCAACCGAUUUGUUGUACUACUAAGUCAAAUAUGGAAAUGAGGGGUAUCCAUAAACUACAUAUUACUUUUACAAGCAGAUCAUUUCUAUUUAAAGACAGUUCUAACUUGCUUUCUGUAUUCAGCUUCCUUACAUUUGCAACUUGAAUACACCUAGUUCAGCUGUUUUCCAUAGUCCCACCAGUUAGAGAUCAAAAUUUUUCCAUAUCAUUGCAAUGAAACAUUUGUUACAUAUUAAAAUAGCCAAACAUCUGGAGAGUAAUAUUAUUACUCACGGCCAAUGGUGUUUCAGCAGAAAAAAGAGCAAGAAAGAACUCAAUGAUAAGAUUCAUGUUAAUUAUAAUAAAUUACUGUAUUGUUAACGCUUGCUGUGCCCCUUAGAAAGUCUUAGGCCACAGGUUGAGAAACUCCGAUACACAGAGAACCUUGUUUUUUUUAAAGAUUUUAAAUGCGGGGUUGAUCUUGUAGUAAUAAAUUGUCAGCAAUUGGUUUAUCUUUUAUUAUUAUUAUUACUAUUUAGCAGACACUUUUAUCCAAAGCGACUUAUCAAGUACCCUAUGUUGUUAACUCAGAUUAAAAACUAUGUUAUGGUCUUGUCAAAAUUGGUAUGACACUAUAACUACUCAUCCAAUGUUAAAAUAUGUAUAGACAGAAAUAACAUUAAGAAACAGUUCACUUUGUACCAGUCAACUGUAUUUCCUCAUGUGAACUCAUAAAUACCCCCUUUUCAUACAUACACUUGUCCUUAGCAUGGGCUAAAAAUGAGGUUUCUGCACACUGCCAGAUUAGGCACCCGUCUUAUUCUGUUACUAAAUGUGUUUCAGAAUCACUUUCAUAAAAAAAAAAAAAUAAAAACACACACACACAACACAUAGAGCCUAUUUUUAAAUCGGUACAAUAGUAAAAAAAAUCCAAGUUGCGGUUCUCCGUGAACUGCUUGGGCCCAAAGCAAUUGCUUAGUCUGCUUAUGCCUAGCGCCGCCAUUGCCUGCAAGUCAAAUUAUGUUGAACCAAUACCGUGUACACUACUUUACAAGCCAAAAAUGCAAAUGUGUCAUUCAUUAAACAAUAUUAACACAUAUGAUUACAAAAUACCAUUUUUUAUAUGAAGGUAAAUGGCCCUUAAUAUCAAAUGAAGAAAUAUAGGUGCAACGUAUCCAUGUGUCUGUUGAAAUACAUCUGUUUAUCUGUAACCUCCAUCAAAGAACAACAAAAAAGUUGACUUUCG